AUGCUUCAGUGGCCCCUACUGGAGUUUCUGGUGUCUCAGACCUUCCGGCAACAGCACUCCUACGUCUGCAGCCCCGCGUUCUUGGCUGCCAGCAGAGCAUGGAUUGAAGGGCAAGUUUUCAAGUAUUCUCCAACAGCUCUGGCCGAACGCUACGAAGCCGUUGCUGCGGAUUUGCGUCCAGUUUACAAUUUGUUGCAAGGGGUGUUGACCAGCGCCGUGUCCUCGGAAACGGUGAGCACUGACAAUGCACAUGAUGGAGUGGCAGACCGCCUGUAUGUCAAGUGGGCCAAAGCUCUCUCGAAGGUGGCAUUCGAUGUUAAGGUGUCAGAGUCAGAGUCACAGCUGAUCGAGGAUGAAGCGGGCAUUUGUGACGAAAUCGAUGCCGUUGCCUUCCCCAAUGCACAUCUCCGGCGAGGACAAAUUUACUUGACGCCCGCUGCAAGCUUCCAAGGGCGAUUUGUUGGCUUCCCUGAGUGCCCACAGGGCUUGAUUGCUGGCCUGUCCGCAUGUUUGGCAGUGAAGAAUCCGCAAACACUUGCCCGAUUUCAGAGGAUAGUCAAUGCGUCUGCAUCUUGGAGGGAGGAUCCAUUUGGGCAUGUGCCGGAGCUUUGGAAGGGCUUCUUCUCUGUGACGCGGUCCGCGCGAUGGGAAAACCUGACAGAUUCGCUUCACAAAGCGGAAGCUUUUGCUGGCUUACGGGCAUCUGGAAUCUUUAGCCAUGGAAGAUCCUCCAGAGCCAUCCUUAGACGGGUGGAAGUGGAUUGGGCAUUGCUCAAAAUCUACUCACGCCUGCUGACCCCUGUAACACCACUGGACCUCUCAAGGACCCCCAUACGCGUAGGCCUCGCAGAGUUCUGGUGGAACCUUGCUGGCAUGACAGAUGUUGGAUUCACCCAAUGGGAGUGGAUGCACUUGGGCCUGCCGGUUCUUGCUACAGGUGCAGAGUCUUACAUCGCGAAUGGAUGUGCUACCUCUGCAAAGUUCGUUUGUCCACAUGUACUGCUUCGCAUGCGCAACCUGUCACGAUUCCAUAGCGGAAGGUCCCAAGCUUUGCAGCUCCAGUUUGACAUAGAGGCACUCUUGGAAGCCGCGUUCGAGCUGGGACGGGAUGGAGAUGCGACGGCCAUGGCGAGAUUCAGGGCCAUGAUGGUGCCAGUCCUGUCUGAAAUCCGAUGUCGCUGUUGCAAAGACUGCGCGGUUCAGACGUCGCCACUCACCCGGCUCCCAGACGAGCAAUUCAGUGACUGGCAGCUUGCAUACAGGCUCGGCCGUGGGGCUCUCACCUUGCAGCGGCGGGUAUUGUCCCAGCUGUCGCAGGACCAUCCUGCACGGCCAAUUGUCGAGGAAGUGGUGCGAAAGGAUGGAAAAUGGUGUGUAGGAGGUGAUCAGGGCUGCCACUCCACCCCGUCGCAUUGUUACCCCUACGACGAGCUCUUCGAAUCUAUACGGACCGAGAGGUACAUGCGCACACACAACGAUGGCUACAGCGGAUACCCACGGCUGCGCGUCAUGCAAAUCGGGAUUUGUAUGGGUCAAUCUCUUGCAUCCAUCGAGCGCUUCUUCCGACCUGUGGGUGUGGACCGCAUUGUAGGAGUGGAUUUGGUUCCUGAGGUCUUCGAGUUCUUCAAGCACAAACUCUACACGCUGGAGCCUUUCGACAUCGACAAGAUUCACACUUACCGCGCGUCCAGCCUUGUCGGCGCGGAUGUGUCAAGACUGCACCGCGAGCUGUUGGCAGACGAAAGAGCAGACAAAGACAUCCGAUUCGACAUCAUUAUUGAUGACGGAGACCACAUUGGUGAAGCUAUGGUUCAAACAUUUCGCAACAUGUUCUUGCGUUUCCUGAAGCCUGGAGGCUAUUAUAUUAUCGAAGAUCUGAAUGAUUUGUACAACUAUCACAGCACACAGAUUCUGAAAGACUUUCUUUGGCAGCACCUGGUACCAGCUGGUCCGGACCAGUUUGAGAACAUGCCGAAGCACCUUUACAUGAAUACCAAGGAAGUAGCCUUGCAGUCAACCCCGGAUCCUUUUUUUCAAUGGGUUCACAGCGUGACGCUUCACGGUCGUACAUUUCUAAUAGUGAGGAAGCGUGUGGCAGUCCUGUAA